AUGGAGUUCUUCAAAUCUGCUGUCGCCUCCGCAAUAUCCAAAGGACCACCGUUUCCCUACACCUUCGGCGACCAGGUGGACGUCGAUACCAGUAUCUGGACGCUGUACAAUGGAACCAAGCGCGAAGAUGGCUCGAACUGUAGCAUAUUCUCGUUCGAUGUCACUGCGAACAAACCCCGUCUGCCCAUGGCAAGAAACGCACUCAAGAAGCUGCGAACACUAAGACAUCCCGGAGUCAUAAAAGUGUUGGACACCGUCGAGACGGAGACGUACAUAUAUAUUGCUACCGAGAGGUUGGUUCCUCUGCGGUGGCACAUUAAGCGAAAGAGCAUGAGUACGGAGACUCUAAAAUGGGGUCUUUUUGGUGUUGCUCAAACGAUCAAAUUCAUCAACGACGAAGCAUCCUCAGUGCAUGGCGCACUGCGAGUCGGCUCGAUAUACACAAGUGAGAGCGGGGAAUGGAGAGUAGGAGGCUUUGAAGUGCUGAGCAGCAUGAAAGACGACGAAGCUAUAAUAUACAACUAUGGCAGCCUUGUGCCCGAUUCUGGAAGGUACACAGCUCCCGAGCUGGCGAAAUUGGGCUGGGAUACGAUCAAGAAGAAUCCUUUGACUGCAGUCGACGCCUACAAUUUUGGGACUUUGAUUUUCGAAGUUUUCAAUGGAGACUUCAUGGGAGGAGAUCAGGCCGGUCAGACCAAGAAUGUUCCUCCAAGCAUGCACUCGAGCUACAGGCGGUUGGUGAACAGUAAUCCUAAGGCCAGAGUCAGCGUGGGCAACUUUCUCGAGCAGGGUCGCCGAAGUGGGGGCUUUUUCAAUACCCCUUUGAUCAAACUUACUGAAGGUGUGGAUAAUUUGGGAAUGAAGAGCGAGGAGGAACGAGAGGAGUUUCUCAACGACCUCGACGAGCUUUCGGAUGAUUUCCCGGAGGACUAUUUCAAGAUGAAAAUCCUCCCUGAACUGCUCAAGUCUGUGGAGUUUGGCGGUGGUGGACCCAAGGUGUUCAACGUCGUAAUGAAGAUCAGCAAGAAACUCACCGACGAAGAAUUCGAUCUAAAGGUUACACCCGCAGUCGUGAGAUUGUUCAGUAGUCCUGACCGAGCAAUACGGGUUUCGCUAUUGGACAAUUUGCCGGUGAUGAUCAAUAGAUUACCACAGAAAGUGGUCAACGACAAGAUCUUUCCUCAGAUGGUAACUGGAUUCACGGACGUGGCCCCAGUGGUUAGAGAGCAGACUGUUAAGGCGGUGCUAACCAUCAUUUCAAAACUCUCCGACAGAACGAUCAAUGGCGAGCUGUUGAAAUACCUUGCUAAGACGUCGAACGAUGAGCAGCCUGGUAUCCGUACCAAUACUACUAUCUGCUUGGGUAAGAUCGCGAAGAAUCUCGGAGUCAGUAAUAGGGCCAAAGUUCUCAUCGCAGCCUUUACCCGCUCUCUUCGUGAUCCUUUUGUCCAUGCUCGAAAUGCUUCCUUGAUGGCAUUGGCGGCUACAUCAGAUUCCUUCAGUGAAGAAGACUGUGCCAGUCGCAUAUUGCCUGUGCUAUGCCCUUGCUUGAUAGACAAGGAGAAGCUUGUUCGGGAUCAAGCGAACAAGACAAUAGAGGCCUACAUGCAACGUAUACGGAGAUUCGCAUCCACGAUGCCUGAUUCUGUAUUACCACCCCCAACGACCGAAGUAUCAGCAGCUACUAUACCCCGUAUGAGCACGCCCAGUGCCAGCGACGCGGCUUCUUGGGCAGGCUGGGCUAUCUCGUCUUUCACAAACAAAGUCUCCGCCGCCGCAGGCGAGAUCUCAUCGCCCUCGAACGGCAACAACCUCUCUCGACCCUCGUCAGCACAAGGAUCCGAACCUCGUCGCCCAACUGGUAUGGCAUCCGCAUCAGCUCUCCAUCGGCAAGCCCUCGCCUCGCCCCCCGCAACCUCAGCACGCAACUCCACCUCCUCUAACGCUAUCGACUAUUUCAAUGACUCUGCGGCCGCAGGGGAUGAUAACGAGGCCGACGACGCAUGGGGUAACAUGGAAGAAGACAAUUUUUUCGACGCCCCUACCGAAGCGCCUAAAUCUAAAGUAUCAGCUAAACCGUUUGACGAUGACGGAGAACCAGACUUCGCGGGUUGGCUCGCUGCGCAGUCCGGGAAGAAGCCUGGCGCGAAGCCAUUACCGAAGGGUCUAGCGAAGCCGGCGCCUACGAAUGUGAGGCUAGCUGCUGUCGGGAGAGCUGCUACGACAGGCAGUAUGGGGUCAGCGACAGCGAAGAAGGCGCACGUUGCUUCGAAGCCGAAGCCAGUUGCGGCGAAGAAGAUAAAUACGGCGCCAAAAGAGACCGGAGAUGAAGAUGGGUGGGGUGACGGGUGGUGA